AUGGCACCGACAAUACAAUACCUCCGCUACGCAACCACUGUCAUCGCCACAAUCUUUAUCGGCUUCGGCAUCAACAGCUUCGUCAACCCAUCGCUAGCCAUAUCCUUCUUUGGCCUGCCGUAUCCAGAUCCAGAGCCUCUGCGACAGAUCACGAACGUUUUGCUGGCAGCCGAGGGUAUCCGGGACGUGUUCAUCGGUCUAGCAAUGUAUGCAUCCUACUUUGGCGACAAUCGGGUGCUGGGGUGGAUCACGGUCGCGGCGGGUGCGACAGCGGGUGCAGAUGGGGUCAUCUGUAAGAUGAUGGUGGGGACGGGGGAGUGGAACCAUUGGGGCUAUGCGCCGAUUCUGGUUGCAAUUGGGGGUGCUCUGGCUUUGGGGUGA